GGACAGUUAAUGGCGGUUUGUAAGUGCCACGUCAGUUAUAAACUAACCGAAUGAAUAUAUAAUUUGCACAAUUAAUUAGAAAGAAUUUCGAAACGUUACUAAUUCGCAUCUUCGAUUAAGAAUCAUUCUCGUGUAUAAAAGUAUCGUCGUUUAGUGUUUGCCCGUAGCUACUACUGACAUUAAGAAAUAAUUAUACAGCAGGAAAGUGUGAAGAAAUAAUAGAUUUGAUUUUUGAUCUCAGGCAUCAGACUAUAUUUGAAAUCAGGCAUUGAAACUUUGAUUUCUUGGAGCAGCUGUAAAGAAUCAUUGUGCAACUCAAGUAACAAGAACUGCUGUCUGCCUCAAGUGAUAUUAGGUUUUAUUAAAGUAUUAAAAGUUUUUUGGGUGUUUUUGGAUUAUUACAUAUAAGCAAGAUGUUGUACCUCGAAGAUUACUUGGAAAUGAUUGAGCAUUUGCCUCAAGAAUUAAGAGACAGAUUUACAGAAAUGAGAGAAAUGGACUUGCAAGUGAAUAAUACUGUUGACUCAUUGGAUGAAAGAGUCAAAGUAUUCUUCUCAAAUGCCAAGAAAAUGAAACAAUCUGAAAGGGAUUGCGAGUAUGAAAAAAUUCGAUUAGAUUAUUAUAAGGCUUUGGAAGAUGCAGAUGAAAAAGUACACAUAGCAAAUCAAGUAUAUGAUUUAGUAGAAAGAUAUUUAAGGCGGCUAGAUCAAGAACUACAGAAAUUUAAGAUGGAAUUAGAAGCUGAUAAUGCUGGCAUCACAGAGAUCUUAGAGAAGAGAUCUCUUGAACUUGACAAUCCCCCUCCUACUACUAAUUCAAUUUCAACCAAUUACCCUAGAGGUGAAAAGAGAAAGCAUGGUCAACAAAACAUAUCAGUCACAUAUACUCCAGAUAAGCAAAUUGCCGCAGAGAAAGUAUUUUCAACUAUUGCAACGGAAGCUAUGCGAGAAACAAUUAGUGGCAGUAGAGUAGCUCUCCCUGGCCAUUCUCCAUCUUCGUCAUCUACUAGUAGCAGUAGUUCCAACAGUUCCGCUCAGGAGCGGACCAUUGUUUUAACGCCACAGACAAAGAGCACAUUUGUUAGUACAAAUGCUUUGGCAGCAGCUGCUUCCCAAGCAAUAGCUGCUACUCAGCAGUCUUUGAAAAGAGGCACUUCUCAGAACCAGUCAAACUUGGUACAACAAGGCCGACGCACUGCCAGUCUCAAGGCAAGUUAUGAAGCAGUUAAUUCUGGUCAGAAUCUCAAUAAAGAGCUUACCCUUGGAAACCGAGAGAUUAACAGUGUGGUCACUGCACCAACAAAUAUUGCCAACUCUGUUACUGUGCCAAGUGAACCAAAGAAAGUCAGUAAGAAAGCACGUACUAGCAUGGUUGUACAACCAGUUGCAGAACCAUCCCCUCUGUUGGAAGAUUCUGAAGAUUCCUCGGUAUUAGAGGAGAACAUGUUCCUAGAUAAUUAUGAUCCUAAUGAACCUAGAUAUUGUGUAUGCAAUCAGGUAUCUUAUGGUGAUAUGGUUGCUUGUGAUCAUAAAGAUUGUCCAUUUGAAUGGUUUCAUUAUCAAUGUGUUGGCAUCACCCAACCCCCAAAGGGAAAGUGGUUCUGUCCUCAAUGUUCAGCUUCUAUGAGGCGUAGAAAUAGGAAAGAUAAAUAAUUUUUAGCAUUGUACAUUAACUCAUUCUGAUUUAUGUGAUAUUUUUUUCAUUAUGUUUACUGUAAAUAAAUACACUGCAGUUUUGCCAACCAAA